GAUCAAAAGAAGAUUCAUGUGGCAAAUAACCCAUACACGUGCCAUCAACCUGGGAACAUGCUGAGUCAUUCAUCAGGACUACAUAUAAACAAGACAAUCCAUACUGGACAGAACGGUUACAUUUUUAAGGAGUGUGGCAAAGGCUUCAACGGGCACUCAGCACCAAUUCAACAUCAGCGAGUGCACAUUGGAGACAACCCUUACAAAUGUGAAGAAUGUGGUGAAACUUCUAAUUGUCGUUCUUCAGUAAAUGGACAGAGAUUAAGUCGUACUGGAGAGAAACCAUACACACAUAAAAAAUGUGGGAUGACCUUUACCCAACACUCACCUCUUACUGAACAUCACCGAAUCCAUACUGGAGAGAAACCUUACCAAUGUCAGGAAUGUGGCAAGGCCUUCAAUCGGCCCUCAACCCUUAAUCAACAUUACCGAAUCCAUACUGGAGAGAAACCUUACCAAUGUCAAGAAUGUGGUAAGGCCUUUACUCAUUCCUCAGCCCUUACCAAACAUCACAAAAUCCAUACUGGAGAGAAACCUUACCAAUGUCAAGAAUGUGGCAAGGCCUUUAACCGGCCCUCAACCCUUAUUCAACAUCACCGAAUCCAUACUGGAGAGAAACCUUACCUAUGUCAAGAAUGUGGCAAGACCUUUUCCCAGCAUUCAUCCCUUACUGAACAUCACAGGAUCCAUACUGGAGAGAAACCUUACCAAUGUCAAGAAUGUGGCAAGGCCUUUACCCAACGCUCACACCUUACUCAACAUCACAGAAUCCAUUUUGGAGAGAAACCUUACCAAUGUCAAGAAUGUGGCAAGGCCUUUUACCAGCAUUCAUCCCUGACUAUACAUCACAGAAUCCAUACUGGAGAGAAACCUUACCAAUGUCAAGAAUGUGGUAAGGCCUUUACCAAACCCUCAUACCUUAUUAAACAUCACAGAAUCCAUAUUAGAGAGAAACCUUACCAAUGUCAAGAAUGUGGCAAGGCUUUUUCCCAGUAUUCAUCCCUUACUGAACAUCACAGAAUCCAUACUGGAGAAAAACCUUACCAAUGUCAAGAAUGUGGCAAGGCAUUUAUCCACCCCUCACACCUUACUCAACAUCACAGAAUCCAUACUGGAGAGAAACCUUACCAAUGUCAAGAAUGUGGCAAGGCCUUUACCCAUUCCUCAGCCCUUACCAAACAUAAUAGAAUCCAUACUGGAGAGAAACCUUACCAAUGUCAAGAAUGUGGCAAGGCCUUUACACAAGCCUCACACCUUACUCGACAUCACAGAAUCCAUACUGGAGAGAAACCUUACCUAUGUCAAGAAUGUGGCAAGACCUUUUCCCAGUAUUCAUCUUUUACUGAACAUCACAGAAUCCAUACUGGAGAGAAACCUUACCAAUGUCAAGAAUGUGGCAAGGCCUUUACCCACACCUCACACCUUACUCAACAUCACAGAAUCCAUACUGGAGAGAAACCUUACCAAUGUCAAGAAUGUGGAAAGGCCUUUACUCAUUCCUCAGCCCUUAUCAAACAUCAUAGAAUCCAUACUGGAGAGAAACCUUACCAAUGUCAAGAAUGUGGCAAGGCCUUUACCCAACACUCAAACCUUACUCAACAUCACAGAAUCCAUACUGGAGAGACUUACCAAUGUAACAAAUGUGACAAGUUCUUUACUCACCUAUCAGACCUUACCAAAUACCAAUGAAUCCAUACGGGAGAGAAACCUCACUAAUGAAAAGAAUGUGGCAAGGCCUUUAUCCAACAUUCACACCAUUUUCAACAUUACAGAAUUCAUACUGGAUUCAAACUCUACAAAUGGGUAGAAUAUGGCCAGAUCUUUAAGCAUUUUCUUUCAUCAAGACCACAUAUAAACAAGACAAUCCAUACUGAACAGAAAGGUUACAUUUGUAAGGAGUGUGGCAAAGGCUUCAGCGGGCACUCAGCACCAAUUCAACAUCAGCGAGGGCACACUGGAGACAACGCUUACAAAUGUAAAGAAUGUGGUAAACCUUUUGAUUGUGGCUCAUCAGUAAAUGGACAUGGACUAAUUCGUACUGACGAGAAACCAUACACAUGUAAAAAUUAUGGGAUGACCUUUACCCAACACUCACCACUUACUGAACAUCACCGAAUCCACACUGGAGAGAAAUCUUACCUAUGUAACAUACGUGGAAAGGCCUCUUGCAACACUUCAGACCGUAUCAAAAAUCAAAGAAUCCAUACUGGAGAAAAACAUUACCAAUGUGAAGAAUGUGGCAAGGCCUUUACUUUCCCUUCCGUCCUUGUGAAACAUCACAGAAUCCAUACUGGAGAGAAACCAUACCAAUGUCAGGAAUGUGGCAAGUCCUUUAACUGGCUCUCAAGCCUUAAUCAACAUCACCGAAUCCAUACUGGAGAGAAACCUUACAAAUGUCAAGCACGUGGCAAGGCCUUUUCCCAGCCUUCAUCCCUUAUUGAACAUCACCGAAUCCAUAGUGGAGAGAAACCUUACCAAUGUCAUGAAUGUGGCAAGGCCUUUUCCCACUAUUCAUCCCUUAUUGAACAUCACAGAAUCCAUACAGGAGAGAAACCUUACCAAUGUCAAGAUUGUGGCAAGGCCUUUACCAAACCCUCAUACCUUACUAAACAUCACCGAAUCCAUACUGGAGAGAAACCUUACCAAUGUCAGGAAUGUGGCAAGGCCUUUACCAGUUCCUCAGACCUUACCAAACAUCACAGAAUCCAUACUGGAGAGAAACCUUACCAAUGUCAAGAAUGUGGCAAAGGCUUUACCCACCCCUCACACCUUACUCAACAUCACCGAAUCCAUACUGGAGAGAAACCUUACCGAUGUCAAGAAUGUGGCAAGGCCUUUACCCAUUCCUCAGCCCUUACCAAACAUCAUAGAAUCCAUACUGGAGAGAAACCUUACCAAUGUCAUGAAUGUGGCAAGGCUUUUACCCAAUUUGCACACCUAACUAAACAUCACCGAAUCCAUAUUGGAGAGAAACUUACCAAUGAAACGAAUGUGGCAAGGCCUUUACUUACAUGUCAGGCUUUACCAAAUACCAAUGAAUCCAUACUGGAGAGAAACCUCACCAAUGAAAAGAAUGUGGCAAGGCCUUUAUCCAACAUUCACACCGUAUUCAAUAUCACAGAAUUCAUAACGGAUUGAAACUCUACAAAUGGUUACAGUAUGGCCAGAUCUUUAAGUGACCUUUACACCUUCCUUGACAUAACGAUUUCAUACUGAUGGAAACCUUCCUAACGUCAGAAUGCAGUAAGGUCUUUAAUCUUUCUUCAACCUUUACUCAUUAUCACAGAAUUCAUAGUGGAGCAAAUCUUCCAAAUUUAAGGAAUGUGAGAAAAGUUUUGUGGACUGCUCACCCCUCACUUCACAUUGUGCUGGGAGCCAUCUCUGAGGUAAGGCAGGUUUGCAAGACCUCUCACUCUCAGAUGGCGACCAUCCUCUACACCCAGUCAACCCCCACUCAAUUUCUGCUUGAGCACCGACCCCCACGGGGCCUGACUGACUGAUACCUGGAGUGACUUGCCUUGCUAUGGUUCCUAUCUGCUUCAUUUUGAUUAUUAUUAACUCUAAAUAAUCUUUUCGCCAAAGUGGUCCACAGAGAAGAGCCUGAGUGUGACUCAAAUAAACUAGAGGAGGUUUUGUUACCUUAGAUAAGAAUCACAUAGACAAAAAAAUCCUCUAUGAAAUCACAUGGAAUCUAAAACAAGUGAAACUAGGGGCACCUGGGUGUCUCACUUGGCUAAGUGCCAAAUUUGGUUCAGGUCAUGAUCUUGUUCAUGAGUUCAAGCCCCGUAUUGGGCUCCAAGCUCACGCUGUGAGGCCUGCUUGCGGUUCUUGCUCUGUCCUCUCUGCUCCUCUCCCACCGAUGCUUUCUGUUUUUUGCAAAAUAAAUAAACUUUGAGAAAACGUUAACGUAAGCACAGCCAUCAAAGUAUGGGUUAGAAUAUUGCCAGCAACCGAGGGUGAUGGAAAUGUUGAGAUGGUAAUGGCAUCUCGAGGUUUCAGCAGGGGGACCUCUCAAGCCCUGUCACUCAUGGUCAAUGACAGAUCCAACAGGAAGGGAAAGUCUUCCCGUUCCACAAACUUGACCAUGGAGGUAGGCUAUACUCUACCAUUCCAGCCAGAGGAAGAAGUGUAUCCAUAUCUUUCCUAGGCCAUAGUUCAACCACCGAAAACCCACAUUCCUUCAAAUUACCCUUUUACUAUAAGCAACUUUAGUUUACAAGCAACGUGUCAACUUACCCUUGUCUCCAGAAAGGCAGACGUCUUUAUUCUCUGGACUCAGCUAUGGUUUUGCCUCAUCCGGUUUGUCACUAAUUCCAAAUUCUGGUAUUCCAGAAUAAAACCAUCUU